UAUCUAACAGAGAAAAGCCUUCCCCUCGACUUUGAGUCUUACGAUGAUGCACAGUUGGACGACGUAUUAUCCAAAUUUUACAUGGAAAUACGCAACAAAAAUGGGGAGAUGUAUAAGAAGACGACCAUGCAGUCUUAUCGCCAAGGCUUGCAACGGCACUUAUCUAAAACAAGGGAUGUUGACAUUCUCAAAGGUGACAAUUUCAAGAAGUCCAAAAAAGCAUUUCAAUGUAUGACAAAGGAGCUAAAACGACUUGGUCUGGCAGCUGUGGAGCACUAUCCAGCAAUUGCUGAUGCUAAUAUUGAAAAAAUGUACACGGUUUUCUGUAAAGAUUUGGAAAGUCCAAAAAUGCUCCAAUACAAGGUAUUUGUGGACAUAAUGAUUAAUUUUGGACGUAGAGGCAGGGAGAACCUGGUAACCUGAACAAGACAGGACUUUGCAGUACAGCCAGAUACAGAGGGUACACUUUAUGUUUAAAAAACCGAUGAUGAACUAGCCAAAAAUCAUCAGACAGAUAGUGAAAAGUCAUCCGAUGGUAGGAUGUAUGAAAUCAAAGGUAGUGACCGAUGUCCAGUAAGGUCGUUUGAAAAAUAUAUACGCCGUCUGAAUCCAAAAUGUAAUGAACUUUUUCAACAGCAAAAGUUAACAGCUUAAGAUGGGAUACAUUAUGACAACAUUCCCCUUGGACACAACAAACUGGGCGUAUAUAUGAACGAGAUAAGCAAGGCAGCCAAACUUCCAAAAGAGUAUACAAACCAUUCAUGCAGGGCUUCAACUGUCCACAUUUUGGAUGAGGCACAAAUUCCCACUGAUGAUGGUAUGGAUGAUUUAUUGAAAUCCCUAGAAGUUCCAAGAUGUAUACCAAAACAGUCAAACUCAGUUAAUGCUGCUAGUAUGAACCAGAAAGCUAUGCCAGUUCCAGUAUUCAAUAACUUUUCAAAUAUAACUGUCAAUUACAAUUUUAUUCAGAAGAAUUAA